GUGCCUGUUUGCUUGGUGCUGCUCUCCUGAUAAAUCACAGCAAAGCUUCCAGAGGGAGAGGAAGGAUGGACGGCACCUCUGCCCCUAUCACUAAAGCUAGAGCUGCCAGGUUAAUUAAGAAAAAUUUCCUUGACGCUCUAAAGUCAAAUGACUUCGGAAAAUUGAAGGCCAUUUUAAUCCAAAGGCAAAUAGACGUGGACACGGUUUUUGAAGUUGAAGAUGAGAAUAUGGUUUUGGCAUCUUAUAAACAAGGUUAUUGGUUGCCUAGUUAUAAAUUAAAGUCUUCCUGGGCAACAGGCCUGCAUCUCUCUGUCUUGUUUGGUCAUGUGGAAUGUCUCCUGGUGCUGCUAGACCACAAUGCUACAAUCAACUGUAGACCCAAUGGGAAAACGCCUCUUCAUGUGGCUUGUGAAAUGGCCAACCUGGAUUGUGUUAAGAUCCUCUGUGACCGCGGAGCAAAGCUCAAUUGCUACUCCUUAAGUGGACACACAGCUUUGCACUUCUGUACAACUCCAAGUUCCAUUCUCUGUGCCAAGCAGUUGGUUUGGAGAGGGGCCAACGUGAAUAUGAAGACCAACAACCAAGACGAGGAGACGCCCUUGCACACGGCCGCGCACUUUGGCCUCUCGGAGCUGGUGGCCUUCUACGUGGAGCACGGGGCCAUCGUGGACAGCGUGAACGCCCACAUGGAGACCCCGCUGGCCAUCGCCACCUACUGGGCCCUGCGCUUCAAAGAGCAGGAGUACAGCCAGGAGCACCACCUCAUCUGCCGCAUGCUGCUCGACUCCAACGCGGAGGUCAACGCCCGGGACGACGACUUCAAAUCCCCCCUUCACAAGGCGGCCUGGAACUGCGACCACGUGCUCAUGCACAUGAUGCUGGAAGCCGGGGCCGAAGCCAACCUCAUGGACAUCAACGGCUGCGCCGCCAUCCAGUAUGUGCUGAAGGUCACGCCAGUGCGCCCAGCUGCCCAGCCCGAGAUCUGCUACCAGCUGCUCUUGAACCACGGGGCUGCUCGGAUUUACCCUCUGCAGUUCCACAAGGUGAUUCAGGCUUGCCAUUCUUGUCCUAAGGCAAUCGAAGUUGUAGUCAAUGCCUAUGAACACAUCAGGUGGAACGUGAAGUGGAGAAGAGCUAUCCCUGAUGAUGACUUGGAGAAAUACUGGGAUUUCUACCACUCUCUGUUCACUGUGUGCUGUAACUCUCCAAGGACGCUCAUGCAUUUAUCGAGAUGUGCCAUUAGAAGAACGUUACACAACAGAUGCCACAGAGCAAUUCCUUUGCUUUCUCUCCCAUUGUCAUUGAAAAAAUACUUGCUUUUAGAGCCAGAGGGAAUCAUUUAUUAAGCCUUAUGAGACAGCAGUUCCCAAUCCUAGAUAUUUAAGUGAACUCGCUGGGUAGACACAGUUUGCAUAAAUAAAAUGGUACUUGGGUUGAUUAUAACACUUCAGGGAUUUCAAAACACUUUACAAACACUAUGUCAUUAAUCCGAGGGUAUCAUGGUGAGUGGAAAUAAAUAAGGAGGAAUGUUAAGGAAUUUUCAAAGACGAGAGUGUACCCAGAAGGAACUGUGGUCUAACAGUGAUAACUAAUGCAUACAUAUAUAGUUUAGGUACCUGAUAUAUUUUUGUAAAACUUUUCAUAUAUUAUCUCAUCGGAAAUGGGACCCAGGUUUUCUGACAACCAAUCUCAUUCUCUACCUUCUCAGUAGUAAGUUUACAUUUCCAUUCAUUCAGCAAUAGAGCAGGCUUUGUGAUUACCCUCAAACUUGGUGUCUUCCCCUGUCCCUGCCUCCACCCUGCCAUUACCACUUGGCUAUAAUUACUGUUGUCGCUAAUUUUGCAAACUCCUAUUCCCUAAACCAUACCCCUCAACUUCUUUGACUGAAGAAAGCACAUUAGCAUAGUCAAAGCAAAGAGAUCUUUGAGUCUAAUUAGAAAUGAAAAAGGAAGAUCAGUCCACGUAAUAGUCAGGAGUGGACAUUUUAACACACCUAUGGAGCCAGAGAUCGGAGGUGCAUGUGAGUCGCAUGUGACUGCUGCCCUCCAGGGUCUCCCUGUUCAGCACAGGAUCUGGACACACAGGCGGGAGACUGCAAUCCAGAGUGCCGGGGCCAGAGUACAGGUGCAGACUCAUGCAAAGGGCUGGCCUUUCAAAGCUGUCUUUCUGACAUGAAGUGCGAUUUUUUUCUUUUCAGCAUGAAGCUAAAGAGGGAUUGGGUAAAGGAGAACCAUCUCCUACUCUUGUUAGGGUAAAUGCGUUUAAGGUUCUCUGAACAUCUAGACAUUGUUGCACUUCAGUAUCGUUUCUGUUUAGUGCUGUCCCAGACUCCCCGAGAAAAAUAUUACACGCUUAAAGGCUCCCAUGUAUAUACCAAGGAAGGUUAGGGAAAUGGGCGCUACCAAGUGUGUGAAGCUGAUUAGUUUGGUCUUUUUAUGGAACAGACCCACCAUUUCAGAGCGUUUUAGCUAAAAGAUAAGGGGCACUUUGCUGGUGAUGGUUGGCUACAGAAAGUAAACAGAAAGACUCUUUGAAAAGACGCAAGUUGGAGGAACUUGGAAAGAUAAGUGUGUUAAUCAGGCUCCCUCAUUAGCGGCUUGCAGAGAGAAAAACGUAGGUGAUUAACCUUUAGGCUUCAUGGUUUAUGAGGCCAAAUUUGCUUCUUUUUUUUUUUUUUUGUUCGUUUGUUCUUGCUAAUCACUGUUAGGUAAGCUACCUCUUAGCAUGGCUUUUUAGAGGUUAAUGCAAAAAUAAUUAAGCAGAAAAGCAUCUAUUUGCCAGUUGUGAGCGAGUUUCUUUAUUUGCAUUGUUCUCCACCAUCUUUACCUUUGGAUGCUUGAGUGUUGAGUAGAGAUGAUGUUUAAAUACGCUGCUAGGCUCCUGCCUAGACUGUGCUUCUCAAUUGGGAUGCUGUUACUCCUAGGGCUGUAUAGGAAACAUCGUAGGUGGAUACAAUCAUCUUUUUGAAGUAUUGCUUUUACUCCGAUAUUUUUGGGGGGAAAUACUUCAUGCUUACAUAGAUCUAUAUCAUGGAACAGAAUGCUGAAUUUGUACGAAUUAUUCAUGUGAAGCUCGAUCCUUAAAAAUAAUGGUUUGCUUUGUAGCUAGUGGUAUGAGAACACACCCUGGGACACUUGGAGGGUUGGUUCCUGCCUUACACCUUCGGGAGUGUGCAGGCAGAAAAGUUGGUAGUGCCUUGACUUGGGGCAAGUACAACGGACGCUGAGAACAAAGAGAGGUGAUGUUCUCCGUGCAGGGAAAUAAAAACUUUUCUCAGUUGGCUUUCUUGUCCUCAAACCUUUGUGUCAACCUAGCAUACGAUACCUGGCUACUUGCUUUGAACUGUGUAUUUGUGGAUUUAAAGUGAUUUUUCCUCCUCUUUCAACUUGUAUUUAGCGAACUUCAAUAAAGCUCUUCUGUUU